ACCCAAAUCGUCUGGCCGCGAAGGGAAAAUGCAGAAGAGAAGGAAUCAAAGAUCGCCGUUGCCGAUGGCUUCUCCUGCUCUGGAGGAAAACGAUUCUCCGCUGGAAUUAACCAUUUUCAAGAAGAGGAAGAGGAAUAUAGCUAACGCUUCGUGUUCGAAUUCGGCUUCUGCUGCUUUCUUCAAUCUGCAAUCAACACCGCCCGAUCGCAAAACCCUAACCACCAUCUCCGAACUCAAGCAGUUGGCGUCUUCUCGAUUGGAGGAUAUAAAGCGGAGCCUCAUCGAUCGUUCUCACUCUGAGAUUCUCAAGGAUCUCGAAGCCUCUCACUCUCGCCUCCACAAGCGUUUCAAGAUCCAGACACAGGCAUGCCAGCAAGCGAUGGACGAAGCUGAAGGGGAAUGCAAGAAGAUGUCAGAAAAGAUCAACGGUAGUCGAGAAGCAAUGAAGGCUACAUAUGCAGAAUUCAUGGCAGAUGCACAAGCGACAGCUUCUCGUGGUAUUGAUGAUAAACAAUCGGGCUUAUGGAAGGUUUCUGUAAUUAGCAGAGUAUUGAAAAACGACUGUUGGGUAAAUACUACCACUAAUGUUGUCGUCAUAGCUGUUUCUGUUUUGAAAGGUGUAAGCUUAGCUAGAACAGAUAAAAACAUGAAGUUGUACCUUGUUAGUUGUUCAAUUUGUUCAUCUGAAAUAGCUGUUACGACUUUGUAACUCUGAAUUCCAUGAACAAUUCUACCUGGACUGGACAGUUUGAGGUCUUGAUUACUAAUAUUGUCUGAUUGCUCCAUAGGCCUCCAUGAAUUAUA